UGAAUAUUUUUAAGUGGGCGGAUACCUGUCCAUCCCUCUCAGCCGAGAGCCCCGUUAGAAUUCUAAAACCCUAACCCCAGCACCCUACUUAUUUCCCCGCUUCCUAAUCAGCAAAUUAUUGAGUCAAUUACAAAAAUUCAAAAUAAAAAUCCGAAAUUUGAAAAGCAAAAUGGAUAUCGAUAGAGACGAUGGCCGCACUCCGAACCAGCUAAGACCUUUGGCCUGUUCACGCAAUGUGCUCAACCGUGCCCAUGGCUCUGCUAGUUGGUGUCAAGGAGAUACGAAGGUUCUAGCUGCUGUUUACGGACCUAAACCUGGAACUAAAAAGAAUGAGAAUCCUGAAAAGGCUUGCAUUGAAGUUAUUUGGAAACCCAAAACUGGACAGAUUGGUAAAGUGGAAAAGGAAUAUGAGAUGAUUUUGAAGAGAACCUUGCAAACCAUCUGUGUUUUGACUAUCAAUCCAAAUACCACCACGUCAGUUAUUGUUCAGGUUGUUCAUGAUGAUGGUGCUCUUCUGACAUGUGCCAUAAAUGCAGCUUGUGCUGCCCUGGUUGAUGCUGGAAUUCCUAUGAAGCAUCUCGCCGUUGCUAUUUGUUGUUGUUUAUCAGAAAGUGGAUAUGUUAUACUGGAUCCCACCAAGCUGGAAGAACAGAAAAUGAAGGGAUUCACUUAUUUAGUCUUCCCAAACUCAGUUCACUCUGUUCUACAGAAAGAGUCAGUGCUUGUAGAAGGUGAACCUAUGGAUCAUGGGAUCAUUACCUCUGUUACACACGGAGUGAUGUCAGUGGAAGAAUAUCUCAGUUGUCUGCAACGAGGGCGUGCAGCCUGUGCAAAGCUGUCUGAUUUUCUUAGAAGGAGCUUAAAAUUGCAUCUUCCAAGUGAUUUUUCUAAAGCUGGGUGAUUUGUAAUAUGGUCGGAAAUAUACUGCAUAAAGUUGCAACUAUUUUUGGAGAUUACCCGUGUGAUAUGUCUGCUCUCAUCAGCAGCAGGGAAAUUGGCAGCCACAUACGAGUGUGAACCAAACUUAAAGAGGUAAAUGUAAUGAUUGUAGUAAAACUAGAACUUAUGAAGAAGAUGGAGGUCAUUUUGUGUAGUCUUCCUGACCAAAUUGUACUGAAAUGUUUGCUUCAAAUUGUAAAAAGAAAUAUCAGCAUUUUCCUUUGUUAGUGCUAAAAAUAAUGGAUUUUGAUAUUAAUAUUUUGUUUUUGUUUUU